AUGGGAAACCAGGCCCAUGGAAUCUGCUCCCACGUCUCUGAAUCCACGAAGAAGCAGUUUUUCAUGAAGGUGCCUCAGGAUUCUGCCCGCAAGGACAGAAAGAUGCACCCCACCACUAUCCUGCUCUGCAAGUCACAGAGCAGCCAGGCUGCCCUGGUGCCCCAGGAGCACAAGACAUUCUUGGAGGAAGCAUACAAUGCAGCCAUCUGCUUCAAGAUGCUCCGGGACCUGAACGGCUCAGACCCCCUCCGCCGGAAGUCCAUCAUCAAGAAAAUCACGCACAUGGCUCACGAGGCCCCCAGCCUGGUGCUGGGGACCAUCCACGACUACUUUGUAGACAACCCGGAGAUCUCCACACGGCACAAGCUCCGGCUGCUCCACGUCCUGGAGAGCGUCAUUGAAGCCAGCGACUUCAUGGAGGAGACCUGGGAGACCACCUUCAUGCAGCUGGCCCUGGAGAACAUGACCAAGUCUACGGAGCUGGAGGAGGCGUACCAGGACGCGGCCAGCAACGUGCUGCUGGCCGUCUGCAAGCACUCGUGGCGGGUGGUGGCCCAGCACCUGGAGUCCGAGGUCCUGACGGGCAUCUUCCCGCACCGCAGCCUCCUCUACGUGAUGGGCAUCCUGACCUCUAACGAGGAACUAUUCAAGGAGGGAGAGAAGGCAUGCUGGGAAGAGCAGUUGGCCCGGAUAGCCAUCAAGUCGGUCCAGUUUCUGAACACAGAUGCGUGGUCCAAGGAGCUGCUGGGGGCACUGACCAAGCCCGACCAGAUACACCAGGAGCAGCCCCCAGAGAAGGCCUUCCUGUUCCUCUACUAUGGGCUGAUCCUUCAAGCUGAGGACAAUAGCACCACAGUUAGGACACACCUGAGGACCCUCCUGGAAACGUCCCACCAGUGGCCCAAGCAAAGGGAGGGCAUCGCUCUCACGGUGGGGCUGGCUGCAGCCCGCCACCUGGACCAUGUCUGGGCCGUCCUGGAGCAGUUUGGCCGGAGCACGCCUGUCAAGUGGAGCUUGCACAGCUUCUCCCCUAAGAACUCGGAGGACCUGAGGUGGAAGUGGGCCAGCAGCACCAUCCUCCUGGCCUACGGGCAGAUGGCGGCCAAGGCCAAGGCCCACAUCCUCCCAUGGGUGGACAACAUCUUGUCGCGCAUGAUCUUCUACUUCCACUGCAGCUCCUGGGACGAGACCCUGAAGCAGAGCUUCCUCGCGGGCGUCCUCAUGCUGGUGGGGGCCAUCAGCCGCAGCGAAGGGGCGCAAAGCUACGAGUUCUCCCAGACCUCCGAGCUCCUCGAGUGUCUGAUGCUUUUGAUGGAGAAGGAACCCCAAGACACCCUGUGCACGUCGACCCGCCAGCAGACCAUCCACAUCAUCUCCAGGCUCUGUAAGCUGAGGCCACCCCUGGACUUGGAAAAGAAAUCUCGGCUUCUGACCAUCAGCCUCCGCAGUGUGUUGUCCCUGCCGCUACUGGAAGUCCUAGAGAAGCACACCUGCCUCUAUCUGGAGCCGCCCAACAUACAGCUGCCCAGUGGGGACGGUGGGGGUCUUCCUGGGCCUGGUGGGAGCUCGCUGGUGUGCAACCUGGCCCAGGGACGUCAGAUUUCUCCAGGGCGGGAAGCGGGCAUCAUGGGCAUGGAGAGGCCGGGGACUCGGGCCCCUCAGCAGGCCACAGACCUCCAUCCCCCUGGGGCUUGGCGGCCACCUGACCUGCCCCGCAUCCCUGCGCAGACCCUCUACAACAAGACCUUGGAGGCGCUGGGUCAGAUGCUGCAGAGCUUCAUCACGCAGAACCCCACGCCCGACGAGCUGCAUUUCCUGCUGUCGCACAUGUACAGAUGGCUGGCGUCAGAGAAGGUGCACGAGCGGCAGCGGGCGGUACACAGCUGCAUGUCCCUCCUCAAGUUCCUGAGCCACAACCUCUACCUGGACCCAAAAGAGGACUUCAAACGGAUUGGACAGCUGAUGGGCAUGCUGGGGAUUCUGUGCCAAGACCCGGACAAGGCCACCCAGUGCUCCAGCCUGGAAGGGAUGGGCCACCUCUACCAGCUCCUGAUGCGCCAGAGAGCAGGGGAAGCUUCACAGGCGCGAGCCUCAGCCCCCAAGCCGCUCUCCCAGGCCGGCGUGGAUGAGAUCCCCGUCUGGAGCGGCAGGGACCAGAGGGCCGCUCUCCCCAUCACCCAGGAGGUGGCACUUCCGAGGGACCACACCUCCCAGCCCAGCAGCUCCCAAGUCAUCAAGGAGGCCAUGAAGUAUCUCACGAUGGCAGAGCUGACCGACCUCGUCUGGACGGCCAUCGACGGCCUGGGCUCCACCAGCCCCUUCCGCGUGCAGGCGGCCGCCAACAUGCUGCUCACUGUCAUCCAGGAGCACGGGGCCAAGCUGGAGACCGUUGCCAGCCUGAGCCGGGCCAUCCACCUGCGGCUGUGCUCCGUCCGCAUCCCCCAAGCCAAGGAAAACGCCCUGCAGGCCAUCACGCUGCUGGCCCGGAGCCACACCCCUGAGAUGGUGGCCGCCUUCCUGGACUUCUCCAUACCCCUGGACAGUCACGCCUUCCAGUUGUGGAGGGCCCUGGGGGCCGAGCAGCCUGUGAGCCGCCUGGUGCUGGCCAUGCUGCUGGCCUGGCUGCAGGAGCGGCCCCUGCCCACCAGGGCCGGCGACGGCAGCCCCCAGCCCAAGGAGAAGGCCUACCUGCGCUCCUUGGCUGCCAUGAACACGCUGCGUGAGCUGCAGUUCGCCCGAGAGUUCAAGAAGGCCGUGCAGGAGGCCUACCCCAAGCUGCUCCUGGCCCUCCUCACCCAGGUGCACUACGUCUUGGAGCUGAACCUGCCCCAGGAGCCCCCGCCCGGCCAGGAGGCCCAGGAGGCCCUGGAGGCCCCGGGGGCGGCCACACCCAGCCCCCUGAGCACGUCGCUGGAGGUGCUGAAGAGCCUGCUGUCCACCACCGGGCACUGGCAGGACUUCGCCCACCUGGAACUGCAGGGCGCCUGGGCGCUCUUCACCACCAUCCACACCUACCCACAGGGCGUGGGCCUCCUGGCCAGGGCCAUGGUGCAGAGCCGCUGCAGGCAAAUCAAGGCAGUGACCGUCCAACUGCUGCCCAACCUGCAGAGCCAGGAGGAGCGGGAGCGGAAGGCAGCCAUCCUCAUCCUCACCGAGUUCCUCUACAGCCCUGCCCUGCUGGAGGUGCUCCCUAAGCAGGCCGCCCUGACCGUGCUGGCCCGAAGCCUCAGAGACCCCAGCCCCGAGGUCCGCGUGCUGAGCCUGCAGGGCCUGGGAAACAUCCUCUUCCACCCAGAGAAGGGAAGCCUGCUCCGCGGACAGCUGCCGCCCUUCCUCGACGGCUUCUUCCAGAGCAGCGAGCCGGUGGUGGUGCGCGUCAUGGGCACCGUGUCAGACGUGCUGCAUCGCUUGGGUGCCCAGGGCACAAGGGUGCAGAGCCUGGGCAUCGCCAUCAACGCCCGCUCCUUCUUUGAUGACGAGCGGGAGGGAAUCCGGGCGGCAGCUAUGGCACUGUUCGGGGACCUGGUGGCGACAAUGACAGGCCAAGAGCUAAGUGGGCUUCGAACCCAGGUGCACCAGAGCAUGGUGCCACUGCUUCUGCACCUGAAGGACAGCUGUCCAGCCGUCGUCACGCAGGCCAAGUUCGCCUUCUACCGCUGCUCCGUGCUGCUCCGCUGGCGGCUGCGCCACACCCUCUUCUGCACGCUGGCUUGGGAGCGGGGACUCAGCGCGCGCCACUUCCUCUGGACCUGCCUGAUGAGCCACAGCCAGGAGGGAUUCAGCAUCCACUUGGCACAGGCCCUCAGUUACCUGCACAGCCGCCACCACCACCUCAAGACCUGGGCAGCCCUCUUCAUAGGUUAUACCAUCUGCUACCACCUCCAGGCCGUGUCCCAGAUGGUCAAUGAUGUGGACACUAAACUGCUGUUCUGCACUUUUGAGGAUCUCAAAAAUGACCCAGAUCCCGGCAUCCGCGAAUUCGCCACCAGGCAGGCCUCCUUCCUCCAGGAGGUGGCGGCCAGACCACGGUGA